CGUAUGGUCUUCAUGUGGGCAUUUUCCCCAUAACUGUAACUUAAACUAACCCGUUUUAUGGCACCCGUCACGAGCUGUGCUAUAAAUUCUAGCAGCAAGUACAAAGUUUCCGCCGGUCUCGCCACCCGCUGCGCCAUGAAGGAGAAGAGCAAAAACGCGGCUCGGUCGCGGCGCGAAAAGGAAAACGCCGAGUUCCUCGAGCUGGCCAAGCUGCUGCCGCUGCCGAGUGCCAUCACGUCCCAGCUGGACAAGGCGUCCAUCAUCCGGCUAACCACGUCGUACCUGAAGAUGCGCCAGGUGUUCCCCGAAGGACUUGGGGACGCCUGGGGCUCGCAGCACAUCCCGAGCAACCCGCGCGACCUGGCCAUCAAGGAGCUCGGCUCGCAUCUGCUCCAAACCCUGGACGGGUUCAUCUUCGUGGUGGCCCCCGACGGCAAGAUCAUGUACAUCUCCGAGACCGCCUCCGUGCAUCUCGGACUCAGCCAGGUCGAACUGACCGGCAACUCCAUCUACGAGUACAUCCACAACUACGACCAGGACGAAAUGACCUCGGUGCUGUCGCUUCACCCGAACAUGUUUGGCCCCUCAACCCCACCUCCACCUCCACCCCCGAUUCCACCGGCCAUGGGAAACUCGCCGUCGCCGCUCAUUAGCCAAGGACCCCCGUCGGAGUCACCCCCGCAGAGCACCAGCAGCUGUCCCGCCUCCUCACUCUCGCCGGGAGCGGGGCUGCAGCCGCACCUGGGACCACCGCCGCAGGUUCCGCCGGGAAUGAGCCCGCCGUUGUCGUCCUCCUCGUCGUCGCACAUUCCCAAUGUGGUUCCACCACCUUCAGCGCCUUCCAACCAUCACAACCCGCAUCAGCAUCCGCCACCGCAGCACCACGGUCAUCCGCAUCAGCUCCAUCACCAUCAUCAUCAUCACCACCACCACUUUGGGCAGCACCAGCAAUCCCAGACGAUAGAGAUCGAGCGAACGUUCUUCCUGCGGAUGAAGUGCGUGCUGGCGAAGCGGAAUGCCGGACUAACCACUUCCGGCUACAAGGUAAUCCACUGUUCCGGUUAUACGAAGGCGCGCAUCUACCCGGGUGAUUCGUACGGCGACGGCCACAGCUGCAUCCAGAACCUGGGCCUGGUGGCGGUCGGCCACUCGCUGCCCCCGUCGGCCAUCACCGAAAUCAAGCUGCACCAGAACAUGUUUAUGUUCCGGGCCAGCAUGGACCUGAAGCUGAUCUUCCUCGAUGCGAAGGUGGCCCAGCUGACUGGGUACGAGCCGCAGGAUCUGAUUGAGAAGACACUGUACCAGUAUAUUCACGCGGCGGAUAUCCUGCAGAUGCGGUAUUCUCACCAAAUAUUGAUGUUCAAGGGCCAGGUGACGACCAAGUACUACCGAUUUCUGACCAAGGGUGGCGGCUGGACGUGGGUGCAGUCGUACGCGACCGUGGUGCACAAUACCCGCUCCUCCCGGCCCCACUGCAUCGUCAGCGUCAACUACGUGCUGAGUGACCAAGAAGCGCGCGAUCUGCUUCUCAACGAAGUGCAAGGCCCGAUGAUCCCGAAACCCGAGGUCCAGACACCGGCCGCUACACCCGCAAGCGUAGCCGCUUCCGUGACUCCGAUCUCCCCACCCCAACAACCGCAACAACAGCAACCUCCGCAGUCUCAGCCUCAGCACGCGAUCCCAAUGCCAAUGCAACCACAACAACCUUCGGUCGCUUCUCAGUCUCAGCACAGCAGCAGCAGCAGCAGCCGAUUCUCCCGCCGCACAACCCACUGCUGGUGAAGGAAAUGAGCAACUAUCUGCAGCUGCACCAGUUUGACGACGACAGCUCCGGUCUGCACCAGAUGCAGAUCCAGGGCGGAACCGGAACGGUCCAUCACCAUCAGCAGCAGCAGCAGCCUUCGACGGUUGUGGUUCCA